AUGACGUACGGAUCGGUGACUUGGGCGAGACCAUCUACGGUGAUGGAGAGGCUUGAUUGCAUGGAAGGAAAACUGCUUAGACGGCUACUUGGCUACUUUUGGCCUAGGAGACCGGCAGAUCGCCUUGUUCAACGAGUUCUGAGGAGUUUGUCGGGUUCGAGCUGGAAGAAGCUACCUGGUCGAAAACGGAAGUUCUGGACUGAGAUGGUGAAAGAGGAAACUCGAUUAUGGAAUACCUAUGAAUGGAUUGAUUCUGUGCAAGCUCUCGCAGAAAAUCGAAAAGGUUGGGCAGAGCUGUGUUCAAGGAUGGCACACCUCGGCGAAGAUGCGGGAAUCGCGUCAGGCGAUGACAUCAGCCCGCCGAUUAAACAAACUGACGUUGAACCACGUUACCUCAACCGUUACCGUCCGAUUGAAGUCGUUAGUUAUCCGAAAGAGUCGAUGUUCAUUGCCAUAUUCGUAUUCAGAAGGACACCAAUUCCACCAACUCCUCUCUUGUCGCAUAUUCCUAGAAACAGUUCUCCAGUGUCAUACAGUGGUGUCGUUCAAUGGGCGACGUCGCCUCGUCUCGGUCAGUCUGAAUACGUCAUACUUAAACUUCCUGGCCUACGUCAUCAGAUUUUCAAUGGCCGCAUCCGUUGCAAGCGUACGGGCGUUAUAAGUACGGAUCGUUAUCCUAGACCUUUUCCGUUGCGGUAG